AUGUCAAGCAAAAUGGGACACUUCGGCGACUCCCUCCCUGGUCUGGCAUUAGCAAGCGACAGAUAUCAAGGACUACUGCAUAGUAGACCGCAACCUUUUCGAUAUCUGAUUAAUCUAGGUACUUACAUACUAUCUUGUGUGUUGACGUCACACCGUCUUGAUUUACAUACAUACAUACAGGUAGGCAAACAAACAAACAAACAAGCAAGCAUCUUGUACAGCAUCUUUUACACCGACAACAAAGUGCCUCCACCGUUCAGACUACCCGUGCUCUAUCGCCGAGAGCUCACUGGCUCACCUCACUGGUUCACUUCACUAUACCCAGUCGACACCUGUCAAGCCAGCCCCCAGUUCUGCUGCCGAAAAGCCAUCUAUCCCUGCAGCCCGCACAAGCUUAUCGAAGUCUUCAUCUUGACCCUGCCGGCCAGAUAG